UGUCGCGCGCCUCUCAGUCUCUCGCAAUAAGCGCGUGGAAACAGCAGCUGUGCCGUCAGAUGCACCAGCACCGAAGAGCAGCGACGUGCAACAUUUCGCCAUUCAGCUCCGUUCACGUUUUUUUACCGGAUUAUACCGAAUCACACUAAGGCUCGGAAUAAGCUAUAUGCAAGACGACUCUCCAUCCAGCAGUGCUGCCACAGGAGGUGCUCAUUAGAGAAGGUGUCUCAGUCCAUGGACAUCAUGAUGAAUGGAGGACACAGCACCUCAGGCUGACGGCUGUUUAUCUGUGAACAUUUCCUCUGCCCUGAGCUUGCCAUCACAAGACUCCUCUGCCAUGUCACAAGGCUCAUACUGAACUCAGCGAAUCAGCUUGUCUGGCCUGCCGUUUGAAAAAUACCCAGGUUUUGCUGAAUGCUGUGAUGAGCUCCUGAAAGCUCCGUUCUCCCUGGCCAGCUGUCUUGGAAGAGCGAGGGCUCUAGUGACAGCAGUGGCACCUGGAAGACUAACACAGACGAUCAGCCAUGGCUAGUGCAGCAGACGGCAUUGGCAGUUUGGGAACCGAACAGAGCCACAUUAAUGUGCCAGUGGCCGAUCCCGGUGCCUGGGCCACCGCCAUGAAUAACCUCGGCAUUGUGCCGAUGAGCCUAACUGGGCAGCAGCUGGUAUCAGACUCCAUCUGUAUACAAGGUUUUGAUCCCAAUUUAGGGAUCAUCACCCCAAUCAACCCCAUGAUGGCUGGGAUCAGUCUGGUACCUCCUCAUCCUGUGCCAACAGAACUUCCUGUCAUGAAGGAAAUCAUCCACUGCAAGAACUGCACGCUGUUCCCACAGAAUCCCAAUCUUCCUCCCCCCUCCACCAGAGAAAGACCUCCAGGCUGCAAGACCGUCUUUGUUGGUGGGCUUCCAGAAAAUGCGACUGAGGAGAUCAUUAAAGAAGUGUUUGACCAGUGCGGUGAGAUUAUUGCCAUCCGCAAGAGCAAGAAAAACUUCUGCCACAUUCGCUAUUGUGAGGAGUUCAUGGUGGAUAAGGCCCUCUAUCUCUCUGGCUACCGGAUGCGCAUUGGCUCCAGCACCGAUAAAAAGGAUUCAGGCCGCAUACAUGUAGAUUUCGCUCAGGCGAGAGAUGAUUUGUACGAGUGGGAGUGCAAGCAAAGAUUACUGGCACGUGAAGAACGGCAUCGGCGGAAAAUCCACGAGGAGAGGCUGAGACCUCCUUCACCUCCUCCCAUAAUGCACUAUUCGGAGCACGAGGCAGCUCUUUUGGCUGAGAAAUUGAAAGAUGACAACAAGUUCAGCGAGGCAACGGCGGUGCUCUUCACGUGGAUAGACAGAGGCGAGGUGAACCGGCGCACAUCCAAUCAUUUCUACUCGAUGAUACAGUCUGCCAACAGCCACGUGCGACGCCUAAUGAGCGAGAAAGCCCAACAUGAAGAGGAAAUGGAGCUGGCAAAGGAACAUUUUAAGAAUUCCCUGCUUGCCAUCCUCACACAAUUUGAGCAGAUUACGGCUGUGUUCACCGCUUCCACCAGACAAAAGGCAUGGGACCAUUUCACAAAAGCACAGCGCAAGAACAUAGACAUUUGGCGAAAGCAAUGCGAGGAGCUGAGAAAUGCUCACAGUGAGGAGAUCAUGGGAAUACGAAGAGAAGAAGAAAUGGAGAUGUCAGAUGAUGACUUGGAGGAAAACCCCUGCAAGAAGAUCAGGAUGGAGGACACAGUGCUGUCUGUGCAGUCUUGUGCUCUGAGGGAGGAAAAUGACAGUCUGCGCUGGCAGCUGGAUGCAUACAGGAAUGAGGUGGAGCUGCUGAAGAAGGAGCAGGGAAAGAGCUACCGGACAGAGGAGGACCACACCCAAGAACAACAGCUGCAUUUCCUGCAGCAGACCAUGCAGAACAUGCAGCAGCAACUGCUUCGGCUCCAGGAAGAGCUGAAAGGGAAGGAGCUGGCGCUGGAGCAGGCCAGAGAUGAGCAGCGCUACCUGGAGGGAGAAGUCCUCAGCCUUAGGGAAAAGCUUUUGACCGCCGUGGAAUCCGUAGAUUUGACAAACCACAGCUCUGAAGGCCAUGAAAAGGGAGUAAACGGGACUGCGGCACUCUAUCACCAUCGAGAGAAGAAUAAUGAGGCGGCCAUUUGGGGUCCCUUGAGAUCAGAGAAAGAAGCUCUUCUGCUGGGAAUCAUAUCAACCUUCCUUCACGUUCACCCGUUUGGAGCCAACAUCGAAUAUCUGUGGUCUUACAUCCAGAGACUUGAUACAAAGAUCUCGGCCAGUGAACUUGAGAGGCUUAUGGUUCGUCUGCCCAACAUGUUCAAGCAGGAGUUCAGUGGCGUUGGAGCGACGUUGGAAAAACGCUGGAAAUUCUGUGGCUUUGAGGCUCUCAAGUCUGCGUGACUCACAGAGCCAGAUCCAGCGAAACUGAGGCUGCUAGACCUCUCACAGAUCCAGAGUCAGUGAUAUGGGUCAGAGCCUCGCAGAUGCAAAGAACGGAGUCUGCACCCUGUAACUGUUCUCGGAUCAGAUGAUCAGGCCCUCUCGUUUACAGCCACAGAAGGCACGGAAGGGAGUGAGACUCUACAUGGAGAGCAGCAUCAGAUGUAUUUACUUGAAAAAGCUCUUUCCAGACUUCUGUGCCGAUUGCAUAACUUAUCCGUCAGCAGCGGCGUCCCAAAAGACUGCAGCGAUAUCCAGGAAUACGGCGCUACGGUUAAAAAUAUUGAAUGUUGAAUAUGGCACACAGAUGUGUGAUAGCGGCACUCGGUGGCCAUCAAAGCCAGACUGUUCGUGAUUUAAUACAUGGCCAAAGUGCUGGAUAGACAACAGCUGGUGCUCAUAGGACAUUUUGCUGUUCCAGGCGUCCGCGUUGUAUAUGUUUGUGUCUUCAUGCACUGUUAUUAUCAAUCUGCUUAUGUAAAUUAUGAUUUUCUAAAAAUCAAUAAAAAUACUUUUUUCCAAAAUCUGAUAAUUAUUUUCUUCAUUAUAUUUAGAUUUAAAAUGAGAUUGCCUGUCCUAGCCACUUCAGUUAAACUGAAUGUUAGCCAGUGUUGAAUAUGUUCUGACCCUGUUCCCAACAGCAUCUCUCAAUGUGUCAGAGCUGCCUGUGUGUGUUGUGUCUGACAUGUGUUUUGAUUUAUGUCCGUGAUAAACAGCUGAACCGUCUCCAUGAAUGUGGAGCAGAAUUUCCCUAAUUACCCAGAAUACAACAGCCUGUUAAUAAUAAAUGAGAGGGAAAUCCUGCUCUGUGUGAAUGCAAUGCGUUUACCAUUCACAUCAGCCUGUUGAAAGAAUUGUUCACCCACGAUAAAAAUGGAUAAAAGACUGGUUUGAGACAACAU